AUGAUAGGUGUGCUGGCUGCGGGCUCCACAUUCUUAUCUAAUCGUUCGCGGUUCCACUCGCCCACGAUCAGACGAUGGCGUGGGGAACGACCGUGCCUUACCUACGUGGUUACAUUGAACUGUCGAUCUUUAGUUGCGCUGCCGUCGCAAGCAGCUGGUGCUGCACGGUCUGUUGGCGCCGCUCUCCGCCCGCCGCCCGCGCGGCCGUUGCGCCCCCGCGCUCCCUUGCGAAAAAUUAUAAUGCAAUUGCCAGGACGGCCGAUGUGGAACGUUUUACGACCACGGCCAGCACGCAACCAGUCUGUGCUGAAAUGCGUCGUAACUCACACGCCAUCCAUCACUAUGGAUUACUCGUGUCGGGACUGA